CCCCCUCCCCCUCCCACCCGAGUUUCAGGUGAAUGGGUCACCGAGGGAGGUGACCACAGCACGCCUCGCCUGCCAGCGAGCGCCCACCUCCUGUCUCUCCUUCCCAGCGUGAGUCCGGGGCGCGCUGGGCGCUGGGCACAGAGGAGUCCGCCGAGUGCCACAGAUUGCUUAUCUUGGGAGCUACUGAGACAUUGCUCAUCCUAAAGAUCAGGUGACCAGUGACGCCACCAUGUCAUCAAGGCCUUUUGAAAGCCCACCUCCCUAUAGACCUGAUGAAUUCAAACCAAAUCAUUAUGCACCAAGCAAUGACAUAUAUGGUGGAGAAAUGCACGUUCGACCGAUGCUGUCUCAGCCAGCAUAUUCUUUUUACCCAGAAGAUGAAAUCCUUCACUUCUACAAAUGGACCUCUCCCCCAGGAGUGAUUCGGAUUCUGUCUAUGCUCAUUAUUGUGAUGUGCAUAGCUAUAUUUGCCUGUGUUGCCUCCACGCUCGCCUGGGAUAGAGGCUAUGGAACUGGCCUUCUAGGAGGCGGCAUCGGCUAUCCUUAUGGAGGAAGUGGCUUUAGUGGCUACGGAAGUGGCUAUGGGUAUGGUUAUGGCUACGGUUAUGGCUAUGGAGCAGGCUACACGGAUCCAAGAGCAGCCAAGGGCUUCCUCUUGGCCAUGGCUGCCUUUUGUUUCAUUGCUUCCUUGGUGAUAUUUGUUACCAGCGUUAUAAGAUCUGAGUUGUCUAGAACAAGGAGAUAUUACUUGACUGUGAUAAUACUGAGUGCCAUCCUGGGCAUCAUGGUGUUUAUUGCCACAAUCGUCUACAUAAUGGGUGUCAACCCCACUGCCCAGGCAUCUGGAUCUAUGUAUGGCUCACAGAUAUAUGCCCUCUGCAACCAGUUUUAUGCACCUGCAGUUAGUGGGCUCUACAUGGACCAGUAUUUGUAUCACUACUGUGUGGUGGAUCCCCAGGAGGCUAUUGCCAUUGUGCUGGGAUUCCUCAUUGUUGUGGCUUUUGCUUUAAUAAUUUUCUUUGCUGUGAGAACUCGAGGAAAGAUGGACCGUUAUGAUAAGUCUAAUAUUUUGUGGGACAAGGAACGCAUUUAUGAUGAGCAGCCCCCCAAUGUUGAAGAAUGGGUUAAAAACGUUUCUGCAGGCACACAAGACAUGCCUCCACCCCCGUCUGACUAUGUGGAGAGAGUUGACAGUUCCAUGGCAUACUCUUCCAAUGGCAAAGUGAAUGGCAAGCAGCCCUAUCCAGAACCUUCCUAUAAGUCAACACCUUUGGUGCCUGAAGUGGCGCAGGAGCUUCCCCUCACCUCCCCUGUGGACGACUUCCGGCAGCCUCGGUACAGCAGCACCAGUAACUUCGAGACACCUUCAAAGAGGGCUCCCACGAAGGGAAAAGCAGGCAAGCUGAAGAAAGCAGAGCAGGACCACUACGAAACAGACUAUACCACGGGCGGCGAGUCCUGUGACGAGCUGGAGGAGGACUGGAUCAGAGAGUAUCCACCCAUCACUUCAGAUCAACAAAGACAGCUCUACAAGAGAAACUUUGACAGUGGCCUUCAGGAAUACAAGAGUUUGCAAGCAGAACUUGAUGAUGUCAAUAAAGAACUCUCCCGUUUAGAUAAAGAAUUGGAUGACUAUAGAGAAGAAAGUGAAGAGUACAUGACUGCUGCGGAUGAAUACAACAGACUGAAGGAAGUUAAGAGAUCAGCAGAUUACAGAAAUAAGAGGAAUUACUGCAAGCAGCUGAAGAGCAAAUUAUCACACAUUAAGAAGAUGGUCGGAGACUAUGAUAGACAGAAAACAUAGAGGGCAGAUGCCACAUUGCUGGAAAAAUGAAGGAGUCUCUAGGGUCUCUGCAAUGUUCUCAGAAGGCAAAUGACUUUGGACUAUAAACCAAGAAGCCAAUGGUAGCUUUUAUAUUGUCAGUUUCAUAUCAUCAGUAUUGAAACAUUUUAUAAAUAACAUUUGAUAGUCAGUUGGGCUGAACACUCCAAUUAAGGAUUUUAUAGUUUAAACAUUGGUUUCUGUAUUAAGAACAAAACACUAGGCCAGGGGUGGUGCUGCACAGUUGUAAUUCUUGCACUGUUCAAGCAAGAUGAUUGCAAUUCUAGCCGGCCUGGGCAAUUUAAGGACUUAGCCAGAUCUUUGGUUUGUUUGUUUGUUUGUUUGUUUGAGACAGGAUCUCACUAUGUAUUCUAGGCUGGCCUUAAACUCACUGUGUAGCCCAGGUUGGCCUUGAACUCAGUAAUCCUCCUGUGUCAGCCUCCUGAAAAAAUAAAGGGCU